AUGCCGGAGCUCUCAGUGUGUCUGCCUGAGACUGCUUCUGUUGGUGCGCUCAAGCAAGCGGUAGUUGAAGCAGCUCUGGCCUCUUUUGGAAACGGUCUCCGCCUGCGCAUGGUGUUACAGGGUAACCGCUGCACGCACGACCAGGCCUCGCUAGCCGACGUGGGUCUCUCCCACGCGGCCCUCCACCACCAGCAGCAGCAGCAGAAGCACGCCGCCGCCGCCUCCCUCAGCUUCAUGCUCGACCCAGACCCAGCGGCAGCAGCGGCGGCGGCGGCAACGGCUGAUCCCGAUCCGCUGCUGCUGCUGUCGCCGCUGGCUCAUCCUGGGGAUCCAUCUCUUGCUGCUGCUGCGGCGGCGGCAGCGGCGGCGGCAGACGGUCCACUCGUGUCUGCUGCAUCCCCAUCCCACUCGCACCCCUCCCACAACACCCGAUCAAGCAUCGCAGCAGCUGCCGCUGCCGCCGCAGCCGCCGCAGCAGCAGCAGCAGCAGCAGCGGCGGCAGCAGCAGCACCAGGCAGCACCCGUAGGCACUCCAACCCGGCCACUCCCCUCCACCACCCAUCCUACCUCUCCCCUUCUCACCUUUACGCUACCUCCUCUGGCCCUCACACCCCCGCAUCUGCCCCCUCUGCUGCGACCACCACCACGCCGACCACUCGACAAGCAGCGGCACAAGCUUUGGCGGCGAUUCGAGCGCAGACAGAGCAAGAACCUGGGGACGGGGCGGGGGGAGGGAGAAGCAGGAGGAGGCGGAGGAAUGAUGAUGAGGAUUACCAACAGGGGGAGGAGGAGGAGGAGGAGGAGGAGGAGGAAGAGGAGGAGGAUGAGGAGUAUGAGGACGAUGAGGGGUUUCACCUGCCGUUUGGGCGGUAUUCUAGUAGCGGGAAUGCUUCUAAAGGAGCGCAUUCCGGCGCUCUGAUUCUCCACCCAUCCGUCUCAGGAAGAGGCAGAGGGAGGGUCCGGGGGGGAGGGGGAGCAGGGGCGUUGUCAUACCCGGGAAGAGGAGGAGGGGGAGAGAGUGGGGCGCUGGUGUUGCAUCCGCACCAGCAGCACCUGCAGAGAGGGGGGGUGGGGGCGGCGGGAGGGGCGAUGAUGGUGCAUCCGAGGGCAAGGGGAGCGGCAGGCUUGCAGCUGAUAGAGCAGAGGAGGAGGAUCAGGCGGCCGUUUACUGUGAGCGAGGUGGCCUCGCUGGUGGACGCCGUUGAAGUGCUGGGCACCGGCAGGUGGAGGGAUGUGAAGCUGAGGGCGUUUGCCACGUCAAAACACCGCACCUAUGUGGACCUCAAAGACAAGUGGAAGACUCUGGUGCAUACGGCCCAGAUCGCGCCACAUCAGCGCAGGGGGGAGCCGGUGCCACAGGAGCUGCUGGAUCGAGUGGUGCAGGCGCAUAGCUACUGGCAAGAGCAGCUGAGAAUCCAACGCGAGGAACGAGACUCCUAA